CUGGGAGACACAUUAGAAGAAACACUGCUCAACUGAGGGACUGAGUGAGUGAGACACACGGAGCUUAAGAAAAACAGACAGUAGAAAGAAGGACAUGUGAUAGUGAAUACUUUGCAGGAACUACCUGAAUAGUGACAUUUAUGCUUUGUAUGGGAGGCACCACCUGUGGAGAUGGGAAGCACAACCCCCCCAGGGUACCUCAAUGUGAGUACAGCAAUGAUCAACACUUCAACAGUUCCACCUAAGAAUGAGGAGAAUUACAGUGAGGCAACAAUGAUCCUGCUGGGCAUGAUCAUGUCCUUACUCGUCUUGUGCAUUGUCUUUGGCAACAUCCUGGUAAUAACAGCGAUCGCCCGCUUCCAGCGUCUCCAAAAUGUCACCAACUGUUUCAUCACAUCCCUGGCCUGUGCUGACCUGGUCAUGGGUCUCAUUGUAGUGCCUUUUGGUGCCUGUUACAUUAUCUUUAAGACCUGGCACUUUGGUAGUUUCUGGUGUGAGUUCUGGACUGCAACUGAUGUGCUCUGUGUGACUGCAAGCAUCGAGACACUGUGUGUCAUAGCUAUAGACCGCUAUCUGGCCAUCACUUCUCCCUUCCGCUACCAGUCGAUGCUGACCAAGUGCAAGGCUCGCAUUGUGGUUGUGCUGGUGUGGGUGAUUGCCGCCUUGAUAUCUUUCCUGCCCAUCCACAUGAAGUGGUGGAUAUCAGAUGAUAAGGAAGCUAAAAAGUGCAUUGAGGACAGUAACUGCUGCGAGUUCUACACUAACAUGGCUUACGCCAUCACCUCCUCUAUCAUCUCCUUCUACAUCCCUUUGGUCAUCAUGGUUUUUGUCUACAGCCGCGUUUUCCAGGAGGCCAAGCGGCAACUGAAGAAGAUUGACCAAAGUGUUGGACGUUUUCAUAACAGCGACAACAGAAACCUCAAAUCUCUGGAGGCUAACAACGGGCGUAGCAACAAGAAGGCCAAGUUUUGCCUGCGGGAACACAAAGCCCUAAAGACACUGGGCAUCAUCAUGGGGAUCUUCACUCUGUGCUGGCUGCCCUUCUUUCUGCUUAAUGUAGUGGUGGCCAUAUGGAAGGUGGAGAACAUCGACCUCACCUUCAGGAUACUCAACUGGAUAGGUUAUGCAAACUCUGCCUUCAACCCGCUCAUUUACUGCCGGAGUCCUGAGUUCAGGUAUGCCUUCAAGGAAAUCCUCUGCAUGAAGUCAAACCACCUCAGCAACCCAGGGCCCGUGAAUGGAUACAUCUACAGCAGGCACAGCUGGCAGAGCGAACAGCAAGGGAGGAGUAAGGGCAGCUCGGAAGACAGUGACGCCAAUGAAGGGUGUCUGGGGAAGGGAGCGGGGGUCUGCAGUGCUGUGGACAGAGCAGUGGAUCCCAAUGGGAAUUGCAACAAAGGCCUAAUGACUGUAACGACUGUCCUUUAAACUGGGAUCCCUGAGACUUCUGUCAGCAGGGCGAUCCAGACAUGUUUACACUGCUAUCAUAAACGUUUUCCAAUUGACUAAUGAAGGUAAGCCCGGUCAAACUGACUGGUAGAGUCUCUGGAGACUGUUUUAAAGAAACCGUAAUAAUCAUGUUCAGCUGAGGAAAGUACGUAUUUCUCUUCCUCUUUCAACACAGUGAAUAAAUAAUCACUGUCCUUUUGUUACAUUUAUCAUGUUUCAUUUCCAUCUACCUCAUCACAUCUUUUUCAAUAUUUGACUAUCAAAAUUAUUUCACUAAACUCAGUGCCCACAGGAGUUACACUAGGGCAGUAUCUCAGCUGUUUAUUUACUCUACUAAAUGGUCUGUGUAUUAUAUAAUUGCAUAUCAUCCGGCAUGUGGGCAUGUUUUUAUCAUUUCUUGGAAAAAGAUCUCACAACUUACUAGCAUAAAAAUGUUUUUGAAAUUCAAAGUAAAUGUUGUUGGAGGCUGUAAAUUCCAUUCGGGCAUGCCAAUUCAACAUAGAUAGUGGGUUCUCAUUUCCAUCAGAAAAUGGACGAGGAGUAUGGAAGGAUCAAACGUAAAGCCUCUUUGGUGCUUUGUUUGAAGAAAUACAUUCCAAAUCAAGCAGAAUUAUAAUUUGGAUUCAUUUCAUUUCCAUUUUUUUGUUUUUGAUAGAUUGCAUCAGUGUGAAAGACGAAACAGGUGUGGCAGAAACUCUCUCUCUCUCUCUCUCUCUCUCUCUCUCUCUCUCUGCUCACUGUUCAGCAAUGUUGUGAGACCCUGCUCCCUGCUCUAGUGUUUUGCAGCCUGGUGCAUAGGAGUUUCUGUUGCCAGCAGAUAGCACCAGAGAUAUGAAGUUAUCUUCAUCUCACUGGUGCAAGCUGAGAAACGCCUGGGCCCAUCCUCUGUUAGUCAUAUGAUAAAUGAUUGUAUACAUUGUAUCAGCUAGAUUCCAUUAUCAGCAUUAAAUCUAUCUAAUAUAUUUCAGUGCAUAUGGUUAGUGUGGCUAUUCCUGGGUAUUGACCUAAAUUCUAAUUUAUUGGCACUCAAAAUUAGUUUUUUUAAGUUUGCUACUGCACAGCCUACCAGUCAUAUCUCCAGUCAUAUUGUGCAUGCAGUCCGUGGGUUCAUAUGUAAACGUAUACCGAAAGUAUUUGGUACAUUAUAUAGCCAUUACAUAAGCGUAAGGCAAACUAUUAGUCUCUCCUGUCCCCUCUAUGUGCUGGUAACAACAGUAACAGUUGUCCCUUUUGUUGCACAAGCCCUGUUUGUUUAUUACAUUUUGUGGUUGCUGUGUUUCAGCAUGUACAGUGUUUACUGAAACCAGAGAAGCCGUUUCCUUAGUCAUGGCACAAGGGUACAAGCCACACACAAUAAUAAACAGUACAUCGAAAUAGCAAAGUGAUAACAAAGUUCCAGGCCCCAGACAUGGUGGUGGGGACCACUCAGGCCAAUAAACGGAGAUGAGAAAAACAAUUAGCACUCCUGAACAGUGCACCUUUGUCACUGCACCCUGACAUUUCCCAGAGUCUCCUCACUGUAAACGAAUGUCUGGAUCUUUCUGAAAUCAGUCUAACAUUUAGAUAAGACACUCACGCAGUUGUUUCCGUCACUCUACUUUAGACACUGCUUGGUGAGCAGUCUCCAGGAAAUGCCCCAGUCCAGCUGAGCCCAGCCCAAUAAAGACGAAUAAAUCCAUUAUCUCUGCCGUUUAGCUGGAGAAUCAGAUAACUCCCUCUUAAAAACAACACUAAAACAGAUAAGUAGAUUACAAAAUUCGCAAUUUGCAGGUUGUGAUGGGAUCCAAAGGGCCAACCUGAAAUGAGACUCUCUUUUUUAUCACCCGUCUUAAGAUCAUAGGCUUCUGCGAAUGUCACUUUUGACUUACACAAGCACUAAUGGAAAAUGAGCACUUAGCAUGUGGGCCUUGAAUUGGAGAAUCCACCCACUUUUCUCACACUAAAUGGCUUGCUAGAUCAUUGCUCUCAAGAGGAGAAAUGGAGGUGUUGCUAAAGAUGUAACCCCUUUCCGCAGUCAGUUUGGCGAUCUCUAGUAUGUUCUGAUCAAAGUGACAGCAUGCUAAAUGUGGCUACUGAAGGCGGGAGGGGGAGAAGGGAUUCUCUGCCAGUCUAAAUCUGUGUUAGUGACCUGUGUUUUAGUGCAUGUAGCGUUGCCUCUGAAGUAAGGUCAGCGACACCAUCAAAACUGUGAACUUUGUUCCCUCAGAGGAAUCUCUCUGUACUGUAUCGCUAGGUUUAGUCAGCACUGUUGUCAUAGACCAUAGGAAUAGACGUAAAUACGAUGUCAUCAUGCGUCAAUGUUUGCCAUGUGAAAAACAAGCUUUCCAGUAUGUUGAUAUUUUUUUCUGUUUUUCUUUUUCGUGGAUUUACAGCAAAGUAAAUGCAGGGGUUGAAUGUCAUAACAAAUGUUCUCCAGGGUUUUUUUCACUGUACAGCAUGCACAAAGCACAAACCAGAUAAAGAUUCUAGACCAAGAUUUUGUUAUAUGACUAUUGUAUUUAUUCAAUAACACUUAAUUGAUGCAUUGACGCUAAAUUAAUCACUUGAGUCACUGCUUGAUUGAACAAGGUCUGUAUUUUAAACAUCUGCACUUCACGUGAUCAUUUGCAUGUCUGCUAUAUAUUUGUGGUGAUGUGUUUGUGAACUGUGGUGCCAUUUCCUUUCAAAGUGAUCUGUUUUAGUCCAAGUGGAGUAGGUUGUGAACUAAAUAUCCACACUGCUCCCUCCUGGCAGUGGCCUCUCCUUGCACCUCAGCUGAGAUAUUAAUGGUUACUGUUUCAUCAAUACGCCUGUAUAAUAAGAAAUCUAAUUCAUGUCUUCAACUCCUCAUGCUGGAGGACACAGCACAGUUAUGUGCAAUGAGUCUUGAAUGAUUAGCUGACACUCCAAACAUUCCAAGUUCAGCUGAUGGUUUGGAACCAUGAACCAUGUCUACUGAUACAAACAAUGAACUUUUAGUUCUCCCACUGAAGUCUGGCCCUAGAUUACCCAUCUUAUCCACUGGUAUGGUUAUACCAACUCUGCUAACAUAAAAGAUUCUUUCAAAAGUCUUAAAGGAUAUGUUACAAUGUGUCACAUAUGUUUUAAAUGCAAAAGAAUAUAAUCUGUCAUGAAUUGACACAUUUUUAACAUGAUCAAGGCUCAGGUGGGCUAAUGCUAAUGCUCUCAUCACUGAUCCAUUAUUGUUCCUAUUUAAUAAAAGUUCCUUUGUCCCACAAGAACAGCUCCCCGUGAUUUAGAUUAGGUUGUUCACUAACUUAAAAUAGCACUGUAUAGCACUUUCAUGAAACAUUUGUAGAAUUUUUGAACAUUUGAAUCCACAUUCGAAUUCAUGGCCUAUAAACAAUUAAUGGCUGGAGAGUUAUGCCUGUUCACUACUAUUGUACCUUAAUGUUGGAAUGUGGAAGUUUUCUUUUCUGUUUGCGACUAAAAAUGCAGAGUCAUGAGAAAUGAUCGCUGCAGAGUCUCAGCACAGAUGUUGUUGAAGGUGGACUAUUCUGGUAAAUUUAUGUAUGUGAAUGUGAAUUUUCUAUGAAACUUAAAUAUUGCUUUAGCUGUCAUAUGAAAGUAAACCUAUUACAUGUGAAAAAUUUUUCAUGGCUGAGUAGUCACUCAGCUGAAUGUUUACUAAAUAUUUGCAAGCUAUUUUCGCACAAGUUUUCGUCACUGUUAAGGUAAUGAAGUCUGUUACAACAUGUGGUGUCCUGUGGUAUUUAUGAAAAAGCAAAUGUAUGUGAUGUAUCAUUUGUAUUGAAAUAAAUUAUGUACAUGUUGCAUGUAAUGUCCUCA